UCCCUACAUAAAUAAUUAUUCAACAAUUCUUCAUACAAGUUCUUCCCAUUUAUUAAAGUGUUCACCCACUCCAACUCUGCUUGGUUGUGGGGUUACUCUGCGUUUCUUAUAGCCUGGCCUAUGAUGAUUGUCCACGAAAUUGGCAAGGCGAAGAGGUGCUUCAACAUCAUAAUCCACGAUCCGGAGAUGGCUGAUGAGAACGAGGCUCAGGGAGACUUGGACUUGGUUCGAUGAACCAAUUAGAUCAAACAACUUACACCACUCCGCAACACACACCUCUCCUGGGUGCAACAAUACAACAACUGAGGAGAAGACUGCGAGAACAACAAAAAAGAAUUCUUUACGAGCCUCGCUCCGGUGCACGGUCAUCAAGUCAGCUCGUUCAACAUUCAAGAGGCAUCGAUGAUAAUAUUCAUUCAUUUGAUCAAACCGCCGACGAUGUCGAGGACGCUGAUGCAGACGACGAUGGAGACGACUUUCAUUAUGGGCCUGGGUCUCCAGACCCCGUCCCAGUAGUCCCCCCAUCGCCGUGCCCAUCCGAGCUCCAUCACCAUCCACCUCCGUCUACUGGGAGGCCGCCCAAACGCAGUCCAAAACCAAGUCAGGAACGGUGGGGAAGUACAAAAACAUAUUGCCAAAGUAGCAGCAACAGGCAAAGCAACUACGGCAACAUCAUCGACCAACAACAGCAACACGAGAAAUCUCAACAGCAGCAUUAUGCAUCAUUACACUGGGAGAAACAUAAGGCAAGCUAUACGAUGCCGAUCUCUGACUCCCUGCCCCGCCCCCGCCCCCUGCUCCCUCGCCCACUGACGGUGUUUACGUCUCGAGCGUCCAGGCUUCGUGGCUUUGUCCAGCGGUGCUGAUAGCCUGGCUAUCAAAUCUAGCUGGUGUCCUUUAAAGCUUCUUCCAAGGAUUCAGGAUUUUAGAAUACCCAGUUGGAAACUGAGAAAUCCUACCCUUGCAAUCUUGCUAAGCACACUUUCCGGUUUUUUGAGAAAAUCUAUUAAAAAUAGAUUCACCUAAACCAAAAAUGCAUUUUUCACACAUUGCAAUCGGAAUUACGUACACAAACGGACUUAUAUGUAUCUUCAAACAAAUGUUUACCAAUAAAAUACAUUUUUCA